AUGGUAUCAAAUGGUAAAGUAGUUACAACGACAUUGAAAGCACGAUACGGGAGCGACGUGCGUAAAAUGACUAUCCAUCAUAGUGAUGACAUGUCUUACAACGAUCUUGUUUUAAUGAUGCAACGAAUAUUCAAGCUUCAAAGUUCAACUAACAUAUCGUUGAAAUAUAAGGAUGAAGAUGGUGAUUAUAUAACUUUGGCAGAUGAUACCGAUUUGUUACUAGCACUUCAAACGGAAACGAAACUUUCGAUAAUCGUUUUAAGUGAUGAAACUGAUUCUACUCAAAUAAUGAAAUUAGAGGAUGAAUUAGAAAUGGUACGUGAUACAGCUGUUUCCGUUCUGGAAACAUUGAAGGCAAUUAAGAUUACCAAAAUGAAUAAGUGUGAAGUUAUCAGAGAAUGCACCACUGAUAGUUUGAUGAAAAAUAGCGAAUCGGUUGCAACAAUACAGCCAUCUGUCCAUGAACAGGUAAAUAAUUUAACAUCUACUUAUGGUGCACCUCUUUCGGCUAAAAUUGAUUCACCAAGCAAAGAUGCUGUUCAUAAAAAGCUGAUGGAUGGUAUAUCAUUGCCGCCAACUAUCCCAGAUAUUCAAAAUUCACAGUCAGUCGGACACUCAACAUCAUCAAGAGAAGGUUCACAUAGUGAACCAAAUACUGAAAUUGAUAUAUCAUCGAGUACCCAUCUCAUAACUUCGUCAUUUCCUCCUGCACAACAUGAAACGGUUGAUCGUAUUCCUCCUGUUUCGGCUCCGAAUUCGUUACCUCAAGCCGUUUCAUCUCAUUUGGCGCCAUCAGCACCAGCAGGUCUAUUGCAAACUGGAGUACCGCCGUUGCCAAUUCAAACACAGCAACCGAUGAUGAAUGCUUUCGGUCAGCAACAACCAAAUGCGCCAGUUUCUGCUCCACAGUCGGAAUAUCGCUUUGGUAUGCCAACUUUAGGCCAGCACAUGCCAUCAUAUGGUGUCUCAGUUUCGCAACCGCAACAGCAACAGCAACAGCAGCAGCAGCAACAACAACAACAACAAUAUCAUCAGCAACAACCGUUUGGCAAUAUGACAAGCAUUGCUAAUGCAUUACCGCACCCACCUCAACAGGUACCGUCACAGGUACCAUCGAUACCACUACAGGUAUCGUCAGCGCAUAUGCCUGGUACACUGCCACCACCAACAUCGUCGAUGCCAGGUUCUGGCUUACCACCGACUUCCGGAUUCGAUGCGCCACCAACUUCUUUCGGUACGCAGAUGACCAGUGCUGUGAUGCAGUCGCAAACUCCGCCUCAGAUGCCUUAUUCAGCAAACCCAGCAACUCUUCAGAAUUUCAGUCCAGCAGUAGCAAAACCAGGUAUGCCACCUCAAUCGAUAGCUCCUCCACCAUCGUCAAUCGCACCUCUUGGUAGUUUUGAGCGUAAUUCACCAGCUGCAGCCAGUGUACAUCCUGUCACUGGUCUACCACCAACGAUGCCAUUUGGUGCGGCCACUCCAGGUGCUCCAAAUCCAUUUGCACGUGGUACACAGCCUUUGCAUCAUAUGCGCUUUCCGUUGCAGCCAUCCGGAUACUAA